GAAAUAUUACAAAUAGAUCUCCGUAGUCACACGAGAUUUUCUGUUUAAUCUCCUAUAUCCACAAAUUUUAGGUAGAAUUAAAAUAAACACGAAAAAAAUGAGCGACGAAAGUGUAUUGUUAAGUGAUUUACAAACAUUUAAGGAUAGUUUUUAUCAGGCAAUAAGAGAAGAAAAUGUAGCGGGUCAAGUCGAUAUGACAAAGAAGCUGGGUAUCUUAGCCGAGCACUUGGGUCAGGAAAUAACAAGAACAGAACUUUUGCCGUUCAUUCAAGAAAACAUCGAUUUUCAUGACGAAAUUCUAUUGAACCUUUCAGAACAACUGAAAGAAUUUAUACCAUUAGUUGGAGGAUACGAGUAUUCACAACCGGUUCUUGAUCUUCUGCGGAAGAUCUGUAUCACAGAUGAAACAGUUGUUCGAGAAAAAUCACUUGAAACGUUGAAGAGUAUAGCUAAGGAUUUGAACAGCGAACUUACAGAAUCAUUGUUUCUUCCCCUUUUAGAGACUUUGGCAAACGAAGAUUGGUUCACUAGUAAAUGUUCAGCUGUUGCACUUUUUCCAAUCGUAUAUUCGAAAGUUAAAGAAGAUAAAAAAGAAGAUGUUCGACAUAAUUUCCGUUUACUGUCUCAAGACGAUUCACCAAUUGUUAGAAAAGCAGCUGCAAUUGGUCUAGUUGAUUUGAUACCUUUAUUAGACAAAGAAAGUAUCAAAAAUGAGUUCAUAUCAGUAUUUGACAAUAUAGCAAAUGAUAAUAUGGACUCAGUUAGAGUUCAUGCCAUCAAAGCUGCAAUUAUUAUCUGUAAUAGAUUAACAGAAAUAGAAAUAGAGGACUUCAUUUUCAAGACUUUGGAACGUUUGGCAGAUAGCGAUUCCUGGAAAAUACGGCAAGUGGUGGCCAAGAACAUAGCAGAAAUUCAGGAAGUAAUACCAUUUCCAAAAUUAAGAGGGAAAAUAUUAGCUAUCUUUCAAAAAAUGUUGAAAAACACCGAAGAGGAAGUGAGAAUAAUGGCAGUUAAAAACUUAAUUCCUUACUGCAAAAAUUUGAAGAAAUCCUAUGAAUACCCGAAUAAUUAUGAAAACAACUUUGAAUCUGUAGUUGUGCAAAGCAUCAUUCCGCAAAUAUCGCUUCUAGUAGUUGAUACUUGUAUCGACGUUAGGUUAGAAUUGGCUAAGCACAUAUUGAAGUUAAGUACUGUGUUAUCUAAGCAAGUUUUUAUGGAACACGUAAUGCCUUUGGUGAUAGAUAUUUUAGAGUUAGAUACGUCGGUACCUGUAAAAGCGAACGUUCUAGAAAACCUAAAUGAUCUUCCAAACGAUGUAGAUUUCGCAAAGUCUCUACCAUCUAUUAAAAACGUCAUGAGGACUUUGAUAGUGUAUUCACAAUCUCACUGGCGUACUAGGAAGGGAUUGUUAGUGACAUUCAUGCAUAUAGCGCGCUUCGCAUCAAAACAAUACUUUUCGGAAAACGUGAAAAUAUUCUUCGCCAGCUUACUAGGAGAUCCAGUAUUCGCUGUCAGAAGAACUGCCCCUAUUAUACUACCUUUACUAGCUAAACAGUAUGGAAUGAUUUGGACUGAUAAGCAGAUAAUACCAUACUUUAAAAUGUUCAAAAAAGAUAGUAGAUAUCUGUAUAGAUACGUACCUUUAUUUGGAAUAAACGAAUUAUUGAACCCAUCUGUAAUUUCGGAUGAAGAGAUAAAAUACUUGAAAAGCAUGGAACAGUAUAAAGAAGAAAGUACAACAGCUAAACUUUUAUGGAAAUUACAAUGUUUGUUGGAAAAGUUGAAAAGUAAACUCGGGGAAAAAACUUUUGAAGAUAUUUUAUCUUUAAACAAGAGCAUAGAUGAUUUUAAAACUGAUACAGUUUUUUUAUACGCUGGCGACACGUUAACAUCAUUAAAAGAACACUACAACCAAGAUCUUUUUGCAUGUGAAAAAGAAAAUAUGGAAAUAAUAGACGACUGGUAUUUGACAGGUCUAGUUUCGCUAAUCUAUAGAGAAUUCUUAGAGUUACUUUUAACUUUAUUCGAUGAUAAAAUUGUUAACGUGCAAAUUAGAUCUAUAUUUACAUUGAAUAAAAUAAAAGUUUUUACGGAUAGUUUAUCUAAAGAAUUUGAAGAACCGUGGAUAAAAGAAUGUUUAUCUUCACUCAGUAAAGAAAAUAAAGAAGAAAUAGAGAGACAAGUCGAUAUCGAACUAAGUGUAAAAUGUAUGGAUGUGGAAGAAGAAAAUAUAAAUACUGAAUUGAUGGAAAAUAUCUUCAGUACCAAUCAAAUAGUGUCAUCUAAUAAUGAAUUGAUAUUCGAAAAUUCAAAAAUGAGUGCAGAAGUUAAUAUAGAUGUGGCUAUUAAUAACAAAAUUAACGUUGUUAAAAAUAGUUCAGAUGAUAGUGAUAACAAAAUUUUUUCUAGCGGGGAAGAAAAUGGAAAUGGCGCUUUAACCGAAGAUGUUAACAGUACAAUGAAUACAGAUUCUACAGAAGAAUAUAUAGCCGACCAAACUGUAUCAAAUUUGAAUGAUGCCAGUACAUCUGGGGCAGGCAGUAAUAGCAUUUCAUAAAUUCUGAAAUAGCCUCAUUGAUGAAAGCAGUAUUUAUAUACAAGUUGGUACAUUGUAUAAAUUAUUUUCUAUAUAAAAAAUGAGGAUAAUGCUUUUUGUACACUUAUUUCUAAUUUGCUAAACGAUAUAUGAAUUGAGUACGUAAUUUGUUCAAAUAUAUAGGGCACUCAAUUUUUUAAACAUGUAUUCAUGAAAAUAAUAGAAACCAUUAGAAUUUUUUAAAUGGCACACUUUAGUAUCUACACACUAUCUAAGCGACUUCGGCCUAUUAGACCACCUCUAGCCAUGAUGCUUCCCUUUGAACGUCGAUUUUAUUUUCGGGAAUAGAGAAGAGUCUAGUGGGGCUAAGGAGAUCCUAACAGAUCGCCUUACAGUUGUCCUUUUGCGCACAUCUUUUUUUUUUUAUUGGUUGGCCUUUCGCUCCUCUGACAACAUUCGCGGCACCAACCUCGUACACAUCUUCCUUAUGGCUAAGUUUUCUGUCAGGAUCCCAAAAAUUUGAGUUUGAGGAAUUCUCAAUUUAUGAGCAAUCAGUCUGAUACUCAUCCUACGACGAGUAUUCAAUAUUUUUUUCACUCUUGAACCAUUUUCCCCAUUUCCCUUGAGCUUCGAUUUUAUUCUCGGGGAUAGAAAAAAGUUUGGUGAGGCCAAGGAGAUCUUGGCAGAUCGAUUUCCGGUUGGCCUUUUGAUCUUCUGACAACUGAGAAUUCUCAAUUUAUCAGCAAUCAUUCUGAUACUCAUCCUACGACGAGUGCUCAAAAUUUUUUCACUCGUGACCUCUUCCCCUUGAGCGUCGAUUUUUUUCUCGGGAAUAGAAAAAAGUUUUGUGAGGCCAAGGAGAUCCUGGCAGAUCGUUUUCCGGUUGGCCUUUUGAUCUUUCGACUUCUGAGAAUUCUCAAUUUAUCAGCAAUCAUUCUGAUACUCAUCCUACGACCAGUGUUCAAUAGUUUUUUCACUCGUGACCUCUUCCCCUUGAGCGUCGAUUUUAUUCUCGGGAAUAGAAAAAAGUUUUGUGAGGCCAAGGAGAUCCUGGCAGAUCGUUUUCCGGUUGGCCUUUGAUCUUCUGACUACUGAGAAUUCUCAAUUUAUCAGCAAUCAUUCUGAUACUCAUUCUACGACGAGUGUUCAAUAUUUUUUUCACUCGUGACCUCUUCCCCUUGAGUGUCGAUUUUAUUCUCGGGAAUAGAAAAAAGUUUGGUGAGGCCAAAGAGAUAUUGGGAGAUCGUUUAUUGGUUGGCCUCUCGCUCCUCUGACAACAUUCGUGGCACCAGCUUCGCGCACAUCUUCCUCAUGACUAAGUUUUCUGUAACGUUCUUAAAACCUUGAGUUUGAGGAAUUCUCAAUUUAUCAGCAAUCAUUCUGAUACUUUUCCUACGAUGAGUGUUCAAUAUUUUUCUACUCGUGACCUCUUUCCUUGUUGGUCGAAAGGCGGUCAAAGCGGUCUCCUUACUUUCUCAGAACAACUUGGACCAUUCAAUAACACUCGAUCUAGCUAUAGCAGCAUCACAUUAUACUUUGUAUAUUAAAAAGAAUGCUGUAUUCAAUCCCAAAAUUGAUUUUUCAAAGGUAGUCCUGGAAUGUGUAAGUUUGGUGAGGCCAAGGAGAUCUUGGCAGAUCGAUUUCCGGUUGGCCUUUUGAUCUUCUGACAACUGAGAAUUCUCAAUUUAUCAGCAAUCAUUCUGAUACUCAUCCUACGACGAGUGCUCAAAAUUUUUUCACUCGUGACCUCUUCCCCUUGAGCGUCGAUUUUUUUCUCGGGAAUAGAAAAAAGUUUUGUGAGGCCAAGGAGAUCCUGGCAGAUCGUUUUCCGGUUGGCCUUUUGAUCUUUCGACUUCUGAGAAUUCUCAAUUUAUCAGCAAUCAUUCUGAUACUCAUUCUACGACGAGUGUUCAAUAUUUUUUUCACUCGUGACCUCUUCCCCUUGAGUGUCGAUUUUAUUCUCGGGAAUAGAAAAAAGUUUGGUGAGGCCAAAGAGAUAUUGGGAGAUCGUUUAUUGGUUGGCCUCUCGCUCCUCUGACAACAUUCGUGGCACCAGCUUCGCGCACAUCUUCCUCAUGACUAAGUUUUCUGUAACGUUCUUAAAACCUUGAGUUUGAGGAAUUCUCAAUUUAUCAGCAAUCAUUCUGAUACUUUUCCUACGAUGAGUGUUCAAUAUUUUUCUACUCGUGACCUCUUUCCUUGUUGGUCGAAAGGCGGUCAAAGCGGUCUCCUUACUUUCUCAGAACAACUUGGACCAUUCAAUAACACUCGAUCUAGCUAUAGCAGCAUCACAUUAUACUUUGUAUAUUAAAAAGAAUGCUGUAUUCAAUCCCAAAAUUGAUUUUUCAAAGGUAGUCCUGGAAUGUGUAAGUUUAGCUAAUACCAGCUAAUACCAGUGCUUGAUAGUAAUAUACUAUAUCCUGAAAAUAUUCAAACAAUUUGAGCUGGAUAAACACUACUAUAGCCAAUUGAAAUUUAUUGUCCUUUCCACAAAUCGCCCUUAAGAUUAAUAAAGUACAUAAUUCACCCUAUACAUUAUAUAGAAAUUAUACGAAUAUUUAACAGAAGUCACAAACGAACCUUCGAUUUUACACACAUUCCGAAACAUUUCUGAGGGAAUCUAUAAUAUUGAGCCUAAAGCAUAGCGAAUGCAGCAACUUACUUUGUUGAGCAACAUUAUUUUCUUGCUAUUAAAAUGAGUUUACACUUAGUUUUGGGCAGCUCAUAUUCCAAUAAUUUUCAGUCGGUUUGAAAAAAGUGUACAUCAAUCAGCGCUACUAUUUCUGAACCUAAUAUCAAUUAAUGUCCAUAAGUAUAGACCACCUUGUAUAUAUUAUCUCGAAACAAAACUAAGAUAUCAACAAAUGUAUUAUAAAUUUAGGAAUAAAAUAUUUUCGUAUUGUUCA